GGGGGCAGCGUGGAGUCCGCCCCGCGGCCGCGCGCCCUGACCGCGGGGCUGCGCGCCGGAACGCGGAGCAGGGAAGCAGGAAGCGGCGGGCGCGGGGCGGCGGGGAUGGCUGGGCCCGUCUGGGGCCCCCCGCGGCUGGACGGCUUCAUCCUCACCGAGCGCCUGGGCAGCGGCACGUACGCCACAGUGUACAAGGCCUACGCCAAGAAGGACACUCGUGAGGUGGUAGCCAUAAAGUGCGUAGCCAAGAAGAGUCUGAACAAAGCAUCUGUGGAGAACCUCCUGACAGAGAUUGAGAUCCUCAAGGGCAUUCGACACCCCCACAUCGUAGAGCUGAAAGACUUCCAGUGGGACAGCGACAACAUCUACCUCAUUAUGGAGUUCUGCGCGGGGGGUGACCUGUCUCGCUUCAUCCAUACCCGCAGGAUUCUGCCUGAGAAGGUGGCCCGUGUCUUCAUGCAGCAGUUGGCUAGCGCCCUGCAGUUCCUGCAUGAACGGAGUAUCUCUCACCUGGAUCUGAAGCCACAGAACAUUCUGCUGAGCUCCUUGGAGAAGCCCCACCUUAAACUGGCAGACUUUGGCUUCGCACAGCACAUGUCUCCCUGGGACGAGAAGCAUGUGCUCCGUGGCUCCCCGCUCUACAUGGCCCCCGAGAUGGUGUGUCAGCGGCAGUACGACGCCCGUGUGGACCUCUGGUCUGUGGGGGUCAUCCUGUACGAAGCCCUCUUCGGGCAGCCCCCCUUUGCCUCCAGGUCGUUCACAGAGCUGGAGGAGAAGAUCCGGAGCAACCGGGUUAUCGAGCUCCCCCUGCGGCCCCCGCUCUCCCGAGACUGCAGGGACCUGCUGCAGCGGCUCCUGGAGCGGGACCCCAACCGUCGCAUCUCCUUCCAGGACUUCUUCACCCACCCCUGGGUGGACCUGGAGCACAUGCCCAGUGGGGAGAGCCUGGCCCGAGCAACCGCCCUGGUGGUGCAGGCUGUGAAGAAGGACCAGGACGGGGAUGCCGCGGCCGCUUUAUCUCUCUACUGCCAAGCGCUGGACUUCUUCGUGCCUGCCCUGCACUAUGAAGUGGAUGCCCAGCGGAAAGAGGCAAUUAAGGCAAAGGUGGGGCAGUACGUGUCCCGGGCCGAGGAGCUCAAAGUCAUCGUCUCCUCCUCCAAUCAGGCCUUGCUGAGGCAGGGGACCUCCGCCCAAGCCCUGCUCAGAGAGAUGGCCCGAGACAAACCUCGCCUCCUUGCUGCCCUGGAAGUGGCUUCGGCCGCCACGGCCAAGGAGGAGGAAGCCGGUGGGGAGCAGGAUGCCCUUGACCUGUACCAGCACGGCCUGGGGGAGUUGCUGGUGCUGCUGGCAGCGGAGCCCCCGGGCCGGAGGCGGGAGCUGCUUCACACCGAGGUUCAGAACCUCAUGGCUCGAGCUGAAUACCUGAAGGAGCAGGUCAAGAUGAGGGAGUCUCGCUGGGCCGCUGAGACCGUGGACAAAGAAGGACUGUCGGAGUCUGUUCGCAGCUCGUGCACCCUGCAGUGACCCCGGAGGGAAUGACCGGACAGACCACAGCCACCCCUAAUUGGGGACACGCUCCCCUAGACUGAUGUCCAGAAUCCUGUGGCCCUGUGCAGCGCUACGGAGCAGGCUUCCUGGAUGGGCAACUCUGAGACCCCCCCCCAUCCCAGCCUCCCUACUCCCCCCUCAGGAUCCUCUGCACUUCCCAG